GGCUUUUUUUAAACUACUUCACUUGACUUGUUCUCUCCGGUACACUGAGCAGGCAAUGGCUUCAGAGCAGCUGGCAUGCACCAACCCCUGCGAGGCAAAGUGUCCCCAGCCCCUGGCCACCAGCAGCAACGAGCCCUGCGUGGUGGCCUGCGGUGACUCCCGGGUGAUCAUCUUCCCACCACCUGUCGUGGUCACCUUCCCAGGGCCCAUCCUCACCACCUACCCGCAGCAGACCGUGGUGGGAGCCUCGGAGCCACCCAAGGCAGCGCUGGCAGAGCCCCCUGCUGCAGCACCACUGGCCACUGAAGUCACCGGGCAGCUGGAGGCGGCUGUGGAGAAACUUGCCCCCCAAGUCAUUUCACGACCCGAGCCUCAGUACACCCCAAAAUACUCCUACACCUAUUCUUCCCAAUGGACACAUCCAUGCAACUCAUACCGCUCUGGGAAGCAGUGGACAUACUAAGCUCAGGCUCUGUAUGCACGGAGUCAAUUUAAAAGUACUCAAGGAAGCUCAAGUUGCAAAUUGAGGGUGGAGCUGAGAGGCCAGAGCCUGAGAGCCUGAGCACUGGGUGUUGCCCGGCUCCAGCUGAAGAGAAUAAGAACUGCAAACACCCAGCACCUUUCACAGGCAGACUCAUGUGUGCGUUUUCUCAUUUUGCCUUUAACUUAGAUUAAUUAUCUACCAGCUUUCCAGUUUAGCCAUCUGCUUGCACUGUGCUUUGUCCUGUUCCAGUUAUAUUAUUGACUUUGACACUGAUUUAGAGAGGUGACUUACAGUGCUAGAAAUUGCACACAACUGCACUGAAGAAGAGUGACGUUUCUUAUAAACUGCACCACUUUGACCCUGGUGGUUAGCCAGUGCCCUGUUGAACCCCCGGAAAGAUAGUCUUUAUACUCUGUACAAAGUUUGUUCCAGAACUGUAGAA